GGACCAAUGAGCGCGCGUGCUGCGAGGAAGAAACAUGCGCGUGCGUGUGAGGAAAAGCACAUUUGACCGCAGACAGUGAUCAUAUCAGUGGCUACCCAGUGUCGAUAAUCUUGACAAAACCACUCUUCUCUUCAGUACUAGGCAAGGGAAAUAAAUCGGCUCGUGAUGGACGGGUGCGCGCAGAUGUGUAAAUGUUUCCUGAUCCUGUUUAACAUUCUGUUUGCUCUGGUGGGGUUCGGACUAGUCUCUCUGGGAAUGUGGCUCCGGUUCGGCGCUGAAACCAGAGGAUUCUUCGACAUCGAUCUGAACACAAAACAGUUCACUAUCGGUGUGGUGGUGUUGGUCGUCACCGGUGCUCUGAUGCUGCUGGUCGCUGUUAUCGGCGAUUGUGGUGCAUGUAACCACAGUAAAUCUGCUCUUGGUGUGUUUUCUGGCCUGCUGUCCUUUCUGAUCAUCAUUGAAAUUGCAGCUGGUGUGAUGGCCUUCAUGUGGAGUGAAACGCUGUCAGAGGAAUUGGCGAAGUUCUACAUGACGAUCUACACUCAGUAUCUGAACACCAGGAGUCCCGGUCAAGCCAUGACCCUCAAAAUAUUCAACAACGCUUUUGACUGCUGUGGCAUCGGUGGACCGAUUGAAGUGUUGGUGCGUGACACCUGUCCAGAAGGCAACUUCCUGAAGCAGCUCUCAUUUCCUAGCUGUCCCAGUGUGAUCCUGGACAUGUUCAAGUCAAGCGCUCCGCUGGUGUUGGGAGGGUUUCUAGGGACGGCAGGAAUCAUGAUGGUGGCACUGGUGUGCAGUGUUGUCCUCAGCAGACACGUCUCUCGGUCUUACACAUCUCCUCCUGCAUACGUGCUCCUCACCUCCCAGCCGUCAGUCCUGAUUCCUCCUGUUCCUCCAGCAGCCCAGCAGAUAUAACUCUCUCUCUCUCUCUCUCUCUCUCUCUCUCUCUCUCUCUGUCUGUCUGACAGUUGGCGGCGCUGUUGUGCAGCUCCAUUCUCUAUAAUAGUCUGAAGUCGCCUGUCUACUCAUCUCCUGCCUACUACUGAGAGCAGACCUGACCCUCCACUCGUCUGUCUGAUGGAGGGAUGAACACUUUCAUCAGCCGCGCAGGUCAAGGAGAACCACACCUGAGUGUGUGUGUGUGUGUGUACCUUCCAGAAAUUAGUGUUUUAAAAAUGUUUUUUCUUGGUUAUGCAAACGUUCCAUUUUAUCAUUCUGCGAACAUUAUGGGAACGUUACAUUUGAAUGUUUUCAAACGUUCUAAAACAAGUAGAAACAUUUAACAAAUGUUAGACGAACAUCCAACUAACAUGUUUCAGAAAAACAUUCCAUGAACAAAGUAUAGAUAAUAUUUUUGUACUAACGCUUUGAGAACAUUAUUGAAGACCAGAUAACUCUGAACGAAUUGUUUGUUUAUAACUUUGAGAGAACGUUGCCAGAACGUUAGAAAGGUCCCUGUUAGCUGUGCAGAAACAUGUUCAGACACAACCUAUAGUCUAAGGUUAGGGUUCAUUUCAUUUUAUUGCAUUAACCUUCAUUUAAUGGAACUUUUCAUUUCUGAAUUCUGCAUAAACGCCGUCUGUUACAAUCCCAUCCUGAAUAUUUCAUUUUCUUGUCUUGUUGCACGAUUAAAACUUUUAACUUUUAAAACGUUUUUUAGUGUAAAAGAUUAAAGAAACUUCCACAAA